AUGGCGGAUACAAAAUCCCCGGACUCUACCCCGAUAGAUGGUGACAUUGAGAAAGUAAUCAGCCCCAACGCCACAGAUCUUGAAGGCGCAGCCAUCAGACCCGAAUAUCGACAGGAGCCAGUGGGAAACACAAAAGAUGUCGCCGACAAGGAGGCUAACCAAAAUCCCAUCCUCGUUGAUUGGGACGGACCCGACGAUCCUGAAAAUCCUCAAAAUUGGCCCAUAAGGCAAAAGUGGCUCAACAUUGCCACCAUCUCAAUGUUGACCUUUGUCACGCCACUUGGAUCCUCAAUGUUCGCACCCGGCAUCCCCAAAAUCAUGGUCGAAUUCGGCGAGACCUCGGCCACCAUAGCGACGUUUGUCGUCUCGGUUUACAUUCUCGGCUUCGCCUUCGGUCCUCUCAUCAUCGCUCCUAUGAGCGAGGUCUUGGGUCGCGCGCGGCUCUACAUCUACGGCAACAUGCUCUUUACCAUCUUCACUGUCGGAACCGCUCUGUCCCAGAACAUGGCCACGAUGUUGGCAUUCCGUUUCCUCAUGGGUUUGGCUGGUGCCGUGCCAGUGACCAUCGGCAGUGGCAGCAUCGCAGAUAUCAUGCCAAUCGAGCAGAGAGGCCGUGCCAUGUCUGCCUGGGCUUUGGGACCCCUUCUUGGACCUUGUAUUGGUCCCGUUGCUGGAGGUUAUCUCAUCAAUGCUGCAGGAUGGAGAUGGGUGUACUGGCUUGUUGCAAUUGUGUUCCAGCACGCCAUUGUGCGACCCUUGAAACUCCUCUUCGUUACGCCAAUCGUCACGCUCAUGGCUCUCUAUGUCGCUAUCGCGUACGGAAUCCUCUACCUACUCCUCACGACUUUCUCCUUCGUCUACAGAGACCAGUACGGCUUCGACGAGGGAACUAUCGGUCUCACUUUCAUCCCCGCCGGUAUCGGUAUGAUAAUUGGGGUGGUCACCUUUGGCGCGCUCACCGGCUUCAUCGUUAUUAGAAACAAUGCAAAGGGACUCGUCCACAUACCUGAGGCCCGUCUUACUCCCAUACUCACCAUACCUUGUGGUGUGGUUCUCCCUAUCGGACUCUUCAUCUACGGAUGGACCACUGACAAGGGGGUUCAUUUCAUUGUUCCCAUGCUCGGCGUGGUCAUCUUUGCCACUGGGCUCAUGGGCAUGUGCAUUCAAAACUACCUUCUCGACACGUACCCCCGAUACGCGGCUUCCGUCACCGCCGCGCUAGCUGUUCUUCGAUCCUUGGCUGGUGCUCUUCUCCCCCUUGGAGGUUUGGAGAUGUACAACACCCUCGGCCUCGGAUGGGGCAACAGCUUGCUAGCAUUCAUCUCGGUCGCGUUGAUCCCUAUCCCUCUUGUCUUCUACAUCUUCGGUGAGCGCAUCAGGGGUAGAUUCAAGCCUAAUCUAUAA